AUGGCGGUUAACAUAUAUCUUACUUUUUACCGGAAAUACUCAGCAAAAGACCUCAAAAAGCUUGACAAGUGGUACUUUCUUCUAUGCUACGGGUUGCCACUGAUAGCAACGGUACUAAGCCUCAUAAAGUCUACUGAAAGGGGAAGGGUCUAUGGGCCAGCUUUGAUAUGGUGCUCAAUUGCAGAGCCGUGGCAAUUUCUUCGUUUAGUGUGCUUCUAUGGUCCAGUGUGGGUGGUGAGUAUCACAACUUUUGCGAUCUAUGCCACAGCCGGCGUCCACAUUUAUCGAAAAUUCAAGGCUUUACGAUUGGCCAAAGACACUCUACCUGUCAGCAAAGUAAUCAGCAUUACUCGAUCGGUCACUUCCAAUGUAAAUGCCGCUGCGAAAGCCUUGGCAUUUGAGCCAGCUACGCCAUAUUCAACCUGCAUAGAGUCCCAGGAAUCCCAAACAGGAAGUGGGUUAAGCAUCCAGGUCAACAAGAACAAAGUGAUGUGGAGUUAUUUGAGAUUGUCCUUCCUCUUCUUCAUAGCCAUGGUAGCUACCUGGACGCCAUCAUUUGUCAAUCGAAUUUACGGUCUGAUCAACUCUAGCGAACCAAACUUUGGCCUGAAUUUGGCUGGAGCGUUUGUCCUCUGUCUGCAGGGAUUUUGGAACGCCAUUAUUUACACAUCAACCGCGCUCCCAAUAUUGAAAUCCCAGUGGGCUUCCAUGACCACAUCCAAAACAUACUGGAGGCCACCUGGGGGAGUCGUCGAGAGAGAGACUACUGAUGUUUCGCUCGAGGACGUGGGAUUUGAUGGGAGGUCUAAUGCAGCCAGCACAUCCUCUUUAGCGAUCUCUCCACCAAUUCAGUAA